AUGGGCCAGGAAAGAUGCACAGAGGAUAUUACAAUAUCGACCGGGGAAUUUGGAGAACCAAGAGCUGAGCCUGUUCGUAGGAAGCGACAUCGAAAUGUAGAGACUGUUGAGAAAGAUGGGUCUUCCACGAGCAACCGUGGGAAACGAGAUCUACGAAGGAGCCAAAACCCCCUUCGCUUCGGCCAGAAGGUCAACGCGCCGUUCUCCUGCGUGAUGAACCUGAGGAACUUCCCCUUCGAUUACCCAGCGAUGCCGUCUGCUCCCUCCGCCUCAACUCCGCCCGCCAGGACUUCCUUUCUCUGGGACUCUCUGAAUGUCUCCUAUGUUGGGGAGGUGCUGCUGACAGAGUACGAAGUCGGAAACGUCACUGUAGAACGGCAGGUCGACCGCGAUUACAGCCUGGCCGUCAUCAGCAUAACGUUCUACCGCCGCUUCUGGUUCUACGUCACGUCGGCUUACUUGCCCACCGUCAUGCUCAUGAUGAUCAGCUACGCGUCGCUGUUCAUCAAGCGGGAGAAUGAUGACCUGAGAGUGAUGAUGACGCUCACCACGCUCCUGGUUCUCUACGCUCUCUACCAGCAGAUCUCAGACGGCCUUCCGCGAACCUCUUACACAAAGGCGGUGGAUGUGUGGUGCUUCUUCGCCAUCACGUUCAUCUUCACCAAGAGAGAUGUUGGUCUGCGUCGCGUGUAUAGUUUGCGACCCUGGUCUCUUGGUCGAGAAUUUUAUUUAACGUAUUUCUGUUCCUUUGAGAAGGUAAUCUUCCACGUGUUGGUGGACCUCCAGGUGAAGCUCCGAACAGCCCGGUUCCGCUGGAUGCGAAGCCAGGGCGUCACGAAGGGCCUGUGGGACGACGAGGAGAACCACAGCAGGAGGCGAGUGGACAUGAUAAAGGUCGCCAAGAUCCUGUACGCCGCCGUCGCUGUCGUGUUCAUGGUCGUAUACUGGGUGGUCGUUAUAAGCGGGAUGGAGACGUGA